CGAAAUGACGCGUCAGAUCGUCAGAGUCAAACUCGGUGAAGGCCUGCCGACUAUCACGAUACCGCGGCGACGUGUCGGACUGUUCCGCCAGAGUCAGGUCCGUCUCACGAGCUUGGGGGGCGAGGAUGGCGGUCCAGUCGAAGCUGGCGAUAUCGCCCAAGGCGCUAUGGACGGACUUUGCCGCCUUCUACGUGCGACAUCGGCAAGCAGCCCAGCAUGUCAUGACCACCGGCUUCGCUGUCUGGGUCAUCGGCGGCGCAGCUUAUCAGAUGAACCCAAAGAAGAAGUCGCCGGCUGCUAAGAAGAAGGCUGCUAGCCAGCAGAGCUUGACGACGACCGAGAAAGAAGCGCAGGACGCUGCUGCCACGGGCGCCGCGUCUGGUCCGAAAGGAAAGCGAGGUCGCAGGCGGAAAGGGCCGCGUGUGGAGGUUGACGCGGUCUUCUUUGAGCGACUGAAGCGCAUACUGGCAAUCGUGAUACCGUCAUUGAAGUCGAAGGAAGCGACUCUGCUGCUCCUCCACUCCUGCUUUCUCGUCUUCCGGACGCUCCUAUCUCUCUAUGUAGCCGAUCUGGAUGGUCGUAUCGUGUCCGCACUCGUGCGAGGUCAAGGCCGCCAAUUCGUCUAUCAGAUCAUCGUCUGGAUGACGGUCGCCAUACCCGCCACUUACACCAACUCGAUGCUCACCUACAUGCAGUCAAAGCUUGCUAUCGCUUAUAGAACCCGUCUCACAGCUUACGUGCACGAACAAUACCUCACCGACACCACUUUCUACGCGCUCGGUAAUCUCGAUGACAGAAUCAAGAACGCCGACCAACUCAUCACCGUUGACAUCAACAAGUUCUCGCACUCGCUUGCAGAGAUCUACUCCAACCUCGCAAAGCCACUGCUCGAUGUCGUCAUCUAUAAUUUCCAGCUCUCGCGCAACGUCGGUGCCGAAGGCUUGCUCGCCAUGACUAUCAUCGUACAAGGCAGUGCGAGCCUGCUGCGAUGGCUCACACCGCCUUUCGGGCGGUAUGCCGCCGAAGAGCAGAGACUAGAGGGCGAGUUCAGAUUCGCACACUCGCGACUGAUCGAGAAUGCCGAAGAGGUCGCGCUAUACAAUGGCCAUGAGAUUGAGAAGAUGGUCAUCGAACGCAACUACUUUGGUCUCAUCAAACACGUCAAUAAGAUCUUCAGAUUGCGGCUAUGGCACAGUAUGGUCGAGGACGGCAUUAUUAAAUGGGUCUGGGGCAGUCUGGGCCUAUGCAUCUGCGCCAUCCCGGUCUUCUUCAAGAUUCCAGGCGUCAAAGCCGGUGACUUCGGCAGCCGGACUGAAGGCUUUGUUACCAACAGGCGAUUAUUGCUGUCAUCAUCUGACGCAUUCGGCCGAGUCAUGUACUCUUACAAGGAGUUGGCCGAGCUUGCUGGUUACACAUUACGUGUCUCCGAACUUCUCGACACGAUGGAAGCGGUCAAGAGCGGGCGAUUCGACAAGAAGCUCGUUAGCAGCGCAGGCACCGAAGAAAACCAGAAGGUCCUCUCGAAUCGCGGCAAGAUCGUGCCAUCUGAAGACGGCAGCAUCAUCUUUGACAAAGUACCGAUCGUCUCGCCAAACGGCGACAUUUUGCUCAAGAGCUUGAGCUUCUGGGUCAAACCUGGCAAUCAUCUGCUCAUUGUCGGGCCCAACGGGUGUGGCAAGUCGUCGCUCUUCCGGAUAUUAGGCGGCCUCUGGCCAGUCUAUGGCGGCACAGUAACCAAGCCACCUGCGUCAGACUUCACCUAUAUCCCCCAGAGGCCGUAUCUCUCGCUUGGCACUCUUCGCGAUCAGAUCAUCUACCCCAAGACGCGAGCAGAAAUGAUAGAGCGCGGCGUAACCGAUGCGGACCUGAUGCGCAUUCUCGACGUUGUUCAGAUCGGACAUAUUGUCGAACGCGAGGGAGGCUGGGAUGCUCAGCGCGAAUGGAGAGACGCUCUAUCAGGCGGCGAUAAGCAACGGCUGGCUAUGGCCCGACUGUACUACCACUGCCCGAAGUACGCUAUCCUUGACGAAUGCACGAGCGCGGUCACACUAGAGAUUGAGAAGAUCAUGUACGAGCACGCUACAGAGUUGGGCAUCACGCUCAUGACGGUAUCUCACCGACCCUCGCUGUGGAAAUAUCACAAGUAUAUUCUGCAAUAUGACGGACAAGGCGGCUAUGCGUUUACGGAACUCGACGCAGAGAAGCGACUUGCGCUCCAAGAAGAGAAACAAUCUCUAGAGCACAAGCUGCUAGAACAGCCCAAGCUCGAAGCACGCUUGGUCGAGUUGCGUGGAGCUAUGGCUUAG